UCUUCGUCCUCGCCAAUUUACAAACAGUGACACCAGACGUGGCUUCAAAGUUUACGAAUUCAAUCCUUCUUUUCCUAACAUGAGCAAAGCACAUCCUCCCGAACUGAAAAAGUAUAUGGACAAAAGACUAUCAAUUAAACUAAAUGGUGGUCGACAUGUUAUUGGUGUCUUGCGUGGAUUUGAUCCGUUUAUGAAUAUUGUGCUUGAUGAAACUGUGGAAAACAUAUCAACGUCAGAAAAGCAUAAUAUUGGCAUGGUGGUUGUCCGUGGCAACAGCAUUGUGAUAAUGGAGGCAUUAGACAGGAUAUGAAGAAACAUUAUUACCUUUAGUUUGUAAAUUUUCUAUAUUCCCAUUUGUCCUGUUUCCUAAACAAGUUUGUUCAAUUGUCUAACAAAAUGGGAUAAAAUAUCUUAAGGACCAGGAAGUUGCUAAAUGAAAAGUUAAAUGGUAUUUUGGCUAUGACAUAGAUUAUGGUAGUGUGACAAUUAUACAUAAUUAUCAAUGUAAGACUAUUUUCUACUAGAUUGUACAUCUCCAACAUUACUUUUAUAAUGUCCGCAGUCUUUUAUUAAACAUAUUUCUGCUAAAAUUACAAUACUUUACAUAA